AUGUCCGACCAGUUGCACAUCACCGACGCCGAUGCAGUGUGGCUCCUCGAAUCCCUCCCCGUGCUACAGCCCGUCCGCGUCCGCCGCAGCGCCGAGGGCGGCGAGCACAUUGUCUGGUUCGUCAAUGAGGACAUGAUCCUGCGCGUUCCCGCCUUGCAGGGCGCAGACUUGGGAGCCCUGCGUCGAGAGAAGGACAUGCUCGACAUGCUCCGCGCGGAGGCCGACUUGCACGCGCCAGAAGUGAGGGACGCCCUUCCGGAAAUCCUUCAGCUGGGCGUCGCAGCGCAAGGGGGCGGAGGAGGAGGAGGGUGGCCGUACUCGCUGUAUCGCAGGGCGGGGGGCGUGUCGGCGGAGGAAGUUCCGGGCGCUGUCACGACGGAGACUGAGCGAGGCCUGGCGGCGUUUCUGGCCUUGCUGGGACGUCCGUCUGUACAGCAAGCGGCGUCGAGACUUGGGGUGCCGCGUGGUGAAGACGUGCACGAGGGGGGUCUCACCAGCGACGCGCUGCGGGCAUGGCGCCGGUUGCGAGAAAACAACCAGCUCGGAGAUCUGUCCGAUAUGGACCUCGAAGGCUACCUCACGGCAGCCAUAGCAACACCAAAGCCGGAGGCAGCAGCAGAGCAGGAGGAGCAGCCGGUGUUCUCGCACGCGGACCUCAAGGGCGAGCACAUCUUCGUCGACGCCGUGACGGGCCGGCUCACCGGCAUCAUCGACUGGAGCGACGCGCGGGCGGCGGCGCACCCGGGCACGGACAUCGGCGGACUGGCCAUCUCGAUUGGGGCUGCGGCGGCGGGGCGGGUCGGCGGCGGGGCGGGGCGCAGUCCGGGGACAAUCCGGAGGGGCCUCCGGGUCGCGCGGUGCGAGGCCGUGGUGCUGCUGGACGCGGUGCUCAACGGCGGGGACGACUCGCCUGAGGGGUUGGUGAGGCGGCAGCUGGGGCGGGUGCUGGAGGGGGUGGGCGAGCGCCGUGGAAGCUGA